GUUGUUGCUUGUCGUUGGUGCCUGGCGGGUAGCGCCGCUCAGUGCGUAGCGUUGGACACACAGACAUAGAGUAGUCCAUUUCGCUACAUACUGUAUACAUUUGGCGUAGGCCGGUCUGCAUGAUUGCAUAUUACCGGCUCAGCCGAACAGGCGCUACCCCCCACGGGGACGUUCUGUGACGCCUUGCACGAGCCACUUGCCAAACUCGUGCCUUUCCAUCUCAUCUCAUUCGCUGCAGUGCACUGCUGCUCAUUCGCAAGUUCUCGUUGAUAGCAGAGAAUGAGCGUCUCUCUUUCCCAUAUCAAUGAUCAUAAUAUGGCUGUGUCCAGCUGCUGCGGCCGUGAGGAGCCAUCAAAUGGCACUUCCUAUUCUGCCAGCACAGCAGCUGCUGAGCGGAAGCCCGCGGAGGGGGAGCCUGCCGCUGCUGCGAUAGAAGAUGGGGCUGGUGUGGGGAAUAGCAGCCAAGGGGCAGACACGAAAGCGGCCGUGCAGGCCUCAGUACAGCGAUACUAUGGGGAGGUGCUCCAGGACAGCAGUGACCUCAAGACCAGCGCAUGCUGUACGCCAAACGCUCCCCCAAAGCAUGUACGGGAUGCUCUCCGCAAUGUGCCGGACGAGGUGGUCGCCAAGUACUACGGCUGCGGGUCACCCUUACCAGCAGCGGGGCUGCGCGUCCUGGACCUGGGCAGCGGCAGUGGCCGCGACUGCUACCUGGCAGCGGCGCUCGUAGGACCCUCGGGGCGAGUCAUUGGGGUGGACAUGACGGACGCCCAGCUGGCGGUGGCGCGCAAGUACGUGGAGGAGUACACGCAGCGCCUGGGGUACAGCCAGGCCAACCUCAGCUUCCGGAAGGGCACCAUCGAGGACCUCCAGCAGGCGGGCAUUGCGGACGCGUCAGUGGACCUGAUUAUCAGUAACUGCGUGGUGAACCUGUCGCCCGACAAGGCUGCCGUGCUGCGCGAGGCGUACCGCGUGCUGGCGCCCGGAGGCGAGUUCCACUUUUCGGAUGUCUACUGCGACCGCCGCCUGCCCGCUGCCGUGCGCCGGCAUGAGGUCCUCCUAGGGGAAUGCCUUGGCGGCGCGCUCUACGUCAACGACUUCAAGCGGCUGUGCCACGACGUUGGCUUCCUGGACCCGCGCGUCCUCUCCUGCCACGAGGUCCAGGUGACGGACGCGGCCCUGCGGGAGCUGGUCGGGGAGGCGCGCUUCCACAGCGUCACCUACCGCCUCUUCAAGCUGCCCGGCCGGCUAGAGACCGCGUGCGAGGACUAUGGACAGGUGGCCAUCUACAAGGGCAGCAUUCCGGAGAGCGGCGCCGCGUACCAGCUGGACGACCACCACCGCUUCGAGAAGGGCCGCCCCCACCUGGUGUGCGGCAACAGUGCAGCGAUGGUCGGGGAGAGCUGGCUGAAGGACCACUUCGAAGUCCUUGGAGACCGCCUCACGCACUACGGGGCAUUCGAGGCUUGCAAGGAGGACUUUAAGAGCACAAUUUUCGCUCCACAGGGCCUCGGAAACUGCUGUUAG